AUGGACACGACUUCUCCUUCGGGACGCGCCGAGUGGCUCCAUGGCGUGGACGACGAAACCUUUUCGGUUCCGUCAGCCGCAUUUGCCUCCACAAAACCCGCUGACGAUGAUUCUGGUUUUUCUACUUCAGCUAAUAGCAUCAUCGACCCCGAUAUGGACACUCCGUUAACGGAUCCCUUUUUAACGGAUUCUCCUCCAGUAGUAGCGCGUGCUCUUCAAGAUGAGAACGAGUCGCUCGUGUCGGUAGUCGAGCAGCAGCAUCAGUCCAUCGCAGCGCUGCGGCACCGCGCAACGACGGCGGAGCGCGAGAAGCGGUCCCUUAACGACGAGGUGGCGCUGCUGCGAGAGGCGCUCGCGGCGCGCGACGAGCAGAUGGAGAGCUUGGCGGCGCGGGCGGAGGAGGCGGAGGAGGAGCGGGAGCUGGAAGAGCAGGACACGGCGGGAGACGCGGAUAUUGAGGACGAAGCGCAGGCGGCGGAUGGUAUUCCCACGCAGUUCGCGGGCUCAGCUGCUGCUGAAGGCUGUGCCGCUGUGGCCUCUACUGCCGGCUCUGUGCCAUGCACUCCCGUGCACGUGAGGGAGAGGCUACGGCAGCAGCAGCAGCAGCAGCAGCAGCAGCAGCAGCAGCAGCAGCAGCAGCAGCAGCAGCAGCAGGAGGAACAGCACGGCCAGUUUCACCAGCAGCAGCGCCAGCUGCAGCACGAGCAGUCAGGGUUGCUGCGCUCUUCUCUUCUUGGUUCAGACUCAACGACCUAUUAUGCUGCCGUUUCCGCCACCGCUGCUGCUGCUGCUGCUGCUGGAUCCAACGCCCACAUAACUCCUACUGCUGGUGUUUUACCUGUCCCACGAUCGUUGGGAGCAGGAGGAGGGGCAGUGGCAGUGGCAGCAGCGACAAUGGUGGGAGCAGGGAUGGUAGUGAAGGUGCAUGGUGGGAAGGAGGAGACCAGCAUACCAACAGCUGCAGCAACAGCAGUGAGAUGGAUGGUUGGGGGUGAUUCAGCUCCUGCUGCUGCGGCCGCCGCUGCUGCUGCAGCAUCAGUGGCAACCUCUGUGCCUGCUUCUGAGCCUAGUAUUGCGGUUUCUGGGAAUGCUUCACCUUCUCGAAUCAGUGGAGUGCUGGGUUGUGGUGUGGGGGUGGGACGCUUAGACUUGCGUGGUGGAGGAAGUGAAGCGAGUGGUUUGGCUGGAAGGAGCAGCAGCCGCACGUGGGCUGUUCCUCUGUGUUUUGGUGCUGCUGGUGGGGUUGCUGCUGUGUUAUGUCUUUGCCCAACCCAGUCGUGCGACUUCUACUUCUACGGCUACGACAAGGCUGUUCCUGUCUUCAAGCUCAAGUCCGUGCGUGAUGAGAAGGUGGUCAGCACCGGCCUUCGCUGGAAGGGUCCGUCUCUCUUCGUAGAGACGGCUACUACUCUCGGAAACUCGACAUGCAAAAUUGCAGGCCAGAAGAAGGUAUUUUGCGACAACUACUUUUUCUUCCGUCCCCGUGGCGGCAAGAAGUCCUACGAGAAGUACAUUAACCGCUCCGACCGUCUGGGCAUCCGUCCCAUUCCUAAGUGGAAGCUGAGGCAGUUCAGCAACCAGUGCAUCCAGAUGGGAGUCGACUCCGCUAAGAUCAAGAUCCUCAAGGCCAAGACCCAGAACGCGUCCGUGUGGAUUAACCCCAACGACAACAACGCUCAGUUCCCCCAGAAUCGACGAUGCGUGGCAUUCAAGAUCGUCACCGCCUAA